UAGAAAGAGGGCGAGAGCGAUUAGGUGGCACACCGAGGUCAAGAAGAAUUUAUCUACUCGCACUGCCUGCACCAAUACAAAAAAAGAAAAUACUCCCCGGAGCGUACACACACGCAUGCUUGUGUGGCACACGAGAGGGGAACGAUGUCACGAUAUCGAGCGUAACGAUUCAGCACGGUUCUCUCGUCGAAGAGGAGACACGAUACCGCCCGAGAGCGGGGGGGAUUUUUCUGAAAUUCGGCGCGUCUUUCACGUAUACUUAUACAUAAACACGCAUUCGUGACAUUCGUAGCUUUUAAGAGGUUCCCCUUUUUCUCAUUGAUUUGCCGUGACCAAUAGCUAGGAGUUUCUAAUAGCCGAGAGAAGGAGAGAGAGAGAGAGAGAGAGAGAGAGAGAGAGAGAGGUGCGCCUUGCCAAUGGAUGAUCGACUGGAGACUGGAGACGAGCUCUCGACAGGGUCGCCCACGUAACAUCGUCGUAACAUCACACUGUGCGUCUUCGUAAUCGCCAUGUGAGCGCGGAGCUCACGGCAUAACAACGACAUCGGCGCGAGUCUACGGCCUAUACGAGCUACUCGAAGAGGAAGAAGAAGAAGGAGAAGAAGAAGACCUCCGUUAUGAAGAAUCCUAACGUCUGAACGGUCUCUCGACGGUACUUCGAGUCUGCGACGUAGCCUUCUUCUGCGUUUGUGAGUUUCCCCUUCCGCACGAGUCUGGUCUCCUCGUCGCUCGACUCGUCCCGCUAGAUUGCUUCCUAGCCGAAUCGGUACUCUUCAAGAUCGCUCGAUCGGGGAGAUUGUUUUGUCGAGGAGAGGAUCAUCUGCAUUUGCGCGGUGCGGCCAUCGGAAACGACGAAGUCGUUCAGUCGCGUGAGCCGAAGUGACGCGCGACGGUGAGCGCGCAGGUCUUGAAGUCAAAGGGUGGUGAAGUCUCGGCCGCGGGAGUCGCGGCUGCCGGCAUCCUCCGGGAACUUUUCGAGCGUCGCCAAGAGGACCCUCGCGGUCCACCAACAGCCGCAACUAUUGAUUCCGACGAGUCAACGAUGAUAAUGGGGGUCCAGGUGGAGGAGUCAAAGAUCGGCGCCAUGCUGAAGAAGGCCAAGUUCUACACCUCCCUCUGCCUGGGCACCACGGCGAUCCUCGCGGUCUUCGGCUUUCUCUUUCUGAUCCCGUUCGUCGUCGAGCCGGCGAUAUCCACCAUAUUGGCGGACUUUUCGCCGCACGCGGUCGCCUGCGUCACCACGGACCACGUUUACGCGGAGGGUCUGAAGAACUGCUCGUGGUCGAGCUGCAGAGAAGGUUGCACCAGUGCGGCGCUUCGCUGCCAUCAGAUCAGAGUCAACUACACCAGGAUGCUGUUCGACGAGUUCAUGGCGAAGCCGCUGGGCUCGGUGCCGUGGGACGUCACCGACACCAAGUUCUUCGUCAACACGGAGGGAUGCGGCUACCCGCCCACGGUCAACUGUUCCGCCUUCGCGAAGCAGUACGCCUACAGGAACAUGGGGAAGGUAUUUCCCUGUUACUACAGCAGGACGUAUCCGGAGACGGUUGUCGCGAGAUACUCGUGGGACCAGAACCUCAGGCACUUGGUGUUGGCGCUGAUCGUGCCCAUCGUGGUGUUCAUCGCGACGGUCGGCAUGCUGUGCUACUGGUAUUGCCCGCCGAUAAGCAAGACCUGCGGCGGGCCAGGCCGCAACCUGAUCGACAAGUAUGCUAGAAAGGAAGAGUAAGUCAUCUUGGCAGAGGACGAGUUCGAGGAGGACGAAGAGGAAUACUGACUGCUACCAAGGGCACACCCCCCUGCGCGGGAGUGAUGCCAGAAACAUUAUCUCCGAAUGGCUCCAGCAUACUUUACCUUAUAAACCUAAGCGACCGAGCAUUAGCGCUUAAUGGAAGUUCGAGAGCGGAGAGCCGAGCAUAAACGCAGAGCAUCAAUAUCGCCGUUUCUUCACGGGCGUUCAUUCACUUGAGAUUAUCGCUUCACCCGCUACCUCCGACUUCUUUUGUCUUCUAAAUCUGCUCCGAAUCGUGCUUUCAAUAAACGGAACAUGCGCCUA